GAGGGCAGACGGGGGUGUCACGUGCUCAGGGCUCAAGGGCCCGGUUGGUCAGUGGGCCGGGAGGGACCACUUUGCCGGCCAGAGACAAGGGUCGGGUGGGAGCUGGCGGUUACAGAGAGUUCAGGGUGCCGACCCCAAGAGAAGAGUCUGUAAGGGAAAGUCCCACAGGCAGGCGGGCCGGCGGCGCGGAGUCCUCCCGGUGCUACGCAGUGACCCGGGGCGCGCGGGCGGAGCCCCUGAUCCUGGGUCCGGUCCUGGGGCGCAGUGCUCCGGCCGGGGAUGAGCUCCCCGCCACCCGCCCGCAAGGGCUUUUACCGCCAGGAGGUGACCAAAACGGCCUGGGAGGUGCGCGCCGUGUACCAGGACCUGCAGCCCGUGGGCUCUGGUGCCUAUGGUGCAGUGUGCUCUGCAAUAGACAGCCGCACUGGUAACAAGGUGGCCAUCAAGAAGUUGUACCGGCCCUUCCAGUCGGAGCUGUUUGCCAAGCGCGCCUACAGAGAGCUGCGCCUCCUCAAACACAUGCGCCACGAGAACGUGAUUGGCCUACUGGAUGUGUUCACUCCUGAUGAGACUCUGGAUGACUUCACAGACUUCUACCUGGUGAUGCCGUUCAUGGGCACUGAUCUGGGCAAGCUGAUGAAGCAUGAGACUCUGAGUGAAGACAGAAUCCAGUUUCUUGUGUAUCAGAUGCUGAAGGGGCUGAAGUAUAUCCACGCUGCUGGUGUCAUCCACAGGGAUUUGAAGCCUGGCAACCUGGCUGUGAAUGAAGACUGUGAGCUGAAGAUCCUAGACUUUGGCCUAGCCAGACAGGCAGACAGUGAGAUGACGGGAUAUGUGGUGACCCGGUGGUACCGGGCACCAGAGGUCAUCUUGAAUUGGAUGCGCUACACUCAGACAGUGGACAUUUGGUCUGUCGGCUGCAUCAUGGCGGAGAUGAUUACAGGGAAGAUUCUGUUCAAAGGCAGUGACCACCUGGACCAGCUGAAGGAGAUCAUGAAGGUCACAGGGACACCCCCUCCUGAGUUUGUACAGAAGUUACAGAGUGCUGAGGCCAAGAACUACAUGGAAGGCCUUCCUGAGCUGGAAAAAAAGGAUUUUGCCUCUGUCCUGACCAACGCAAGCCCUCAGGCUGUGAACCUUCUAGAAAAGAUGCUGGUGCUGGACUCAGAACAGCGGGUGACGGCAGCUGAGGCACUGGCCCAUCCGUACUUUGAGUCCCUGCAGGAUACCGAGGAUGAGUCCAAGGCCCAGAAAUAUGAUGACUCCUUUGAUGACGUAGACCGCACCCUUGAGGAGUGGAAGCGUGUUACUUACAAGGAAGUGCUCAGCUUCAAGCCUCCCAGGCAGCUAGGAGCCAGAGUCCCAAAGGAGACAGCUCUAUGAAGACCUUUGGAUAGUUUGGGGUAUCCUGAGGAGCCCAGCUGGGAGCCUCACAGGCACCUUGGCUCCCCUUCCCUGGAAGAGGAAUCCUGGUUAGCACUCUGACAGUUCCUGGGGCUUGUAUCCCAAGUCAUCCACUUGGAGAGACUGAGUAGACCCUCGAAUCCUGGACCCUCCAUCUCCAAACCUGCUCCUCUGCUUCUGGGUGUCCCGGAUGACCCUGGAAGAACAUCUAAGCUUUUUGUCCAAGACACCCGCCCAACACGAACUAGCCUUUGAAUUCUGGAGUUGUGCUCCCUUCACCAGUGACAAGGUCUCAGGUCGGGCAGAGUGUAGUGCUAUUCCCUGAGCUCUGCUUGCUCUGGACAGUGUUUAGGCCAACUCCCGAGAAGGAAGGAGAUAGAGGUUUUGGGGACACUGACUCAGGGAUAUCAUCUCUCCUGUGAUGGGGGUGGAUUCUCUUACGCCCUUAGCCUGGAAUGUAAACCAGUCAUUUUGUGUGCUUAAGUGGCUGGAUGCAAAUAAACCGUUUUGUAGAUCCCC